UUUUUCUCCGAAGUGAUAUCAGCAGGUACCCGUAGUCUUGUGAUCAAUUUUGUGCAGUUCUCUUCUGGUUUGCUGAAUUUCGCAGAAUUUGCGGUUGUUCCGGAGUACUGCUAGAAAAAUGCCAAUCUGCGGGCCAAAACUUUCGCUAUGCGGAUUAAUAGUGUCCGUUUGGGGCAUAAUCCAGUUGCUUUUGAUGGGAGUGUUUUACUAUAUUCGUAGUGUGGCAUUGAUUGAAGAUCUUCCACUGGAAGAGCAUUAUCCAACGCCACAGGAGUUUUACGCUGCUGCGGAUCGUGCUUAUAGUCAGAAUGCAUACAACUGCUGGAUCGCCGCCUGCAUAUAUGUUCUGACUCUAGUGGUUUCCGGACAACAAUUUUACGCCAACAGCCGUACCACCGUUGCUUAAGUUUUGUACAUCUCAUUUAUCCGUUCGUUUCGGUUGGUAUAUCCUAUGCCACUGACCAUCGUAUAACAGUAUCUGGACAAAUUAAGAAAGUGUCGCAAAUUGUACAAAGUUUUUGUUUCUUAUUGCUUCUGUUACCGUUUACUUUUUCGAGCAGCGGCCUUAGUUAAAUGAACGCGCAGAGUGCUGAUUGUACAUUCCCCUAAAGCCGCAGCAUAAUGAAUAUAGUUCGAUUAUAAGUAGUUUCAGAUAUCAAAACAGCUUUUUUGAUUUGUACGCUGUGUAUGUAAAGUAAAAAGAUCAAAUAAAUAACCAUUUUAAA